GCCCGGAGAGCACACACCGCUCCCUCUGCGGCUGCCACAGCCGCUCACAGCCGGCCCCCGCCGCCCCAGCAUGCUGCCGAUGCUCUACGCGCUGCUGCCGCUGCUGCAGCUCGGCCGCGCUACCGCCGCAGAGUCAUAUCGUCUGGAAAUAACCAACAAUGGUCCCAUCACAACAGGAGCUCAAGCUACGGUUCAGGCCAGUCUACAUAUGGAGAACAAAAAUGUCACAUCAAACUUGUAUUACUUUAACUGGAUUUAUGCUCCUCUGAUUCUCAUAGAGAAAUCUGAGCAGCGGUUUAAUUCUGUAAUUAAUGUGACUGGAGAAUUUCCUGGGACUUUUCCUGUGUCAGUCUGGGUGACUCACAGAAACUGYUGGCUCUGUCGGCCGGUUGCGAGAAACACCACCGUGCUUCAGAUUACAGAAUUUAUCACAGGGAACCUCACCAUUGCCCAGAUAGAAGACAGCAGAGUUUCCACACAAGGUUCUAGCUCCUCCACAGGCACCAYGACCCGGAUUUCUUUCUCUCUUCAUGACCCAAGUCAUUACUUCAAGUCAGCAUCGUUUGUCUACAAUUGGGAUUUUGGAGAUGGGGUUUACCAGAUGACCAAGGAGCCCUUUGUCUACUGCAACUGCUCSUCCCUGGGGAAUCGCACAGUGCAUCUGAAGGCUGUAGCUGAAUGGGAGCACACUGGAGGCAUCCUACACGAAAGGGAAACCAYGCAGAAAACCGGGGAUUUCAGCACAGCUCUGGAGCUCCUGGAUGCUGUUAAAAGUAUUGAUGUUGUGGGCUCCAGAGAGACUCACGUGAUGGAAAACUUGAAUUUAUCUCUUCAUAUCAAUGGCACCCCACCGCUGGCACUAUGCUGGCUCAUAAAAGCGGAAUGCGUUCCACUGGAAGGUGACAAAUGCCAUCUGGUGGAGAUCAGCGGCUCCUGCUACAACCUCAGCCACACGUUCCGGGACGCGGGGCAGUACUGCCUGAGCGUGCGGGUGGACAAGGGAGUGACCAUGCUGCAAACGUACCAUGGCAUCAAAGUGCGGCCGGCAGGAAUCCACCCAGCUUUCUUUGUCCUGCUCUGCACUGCUCUKGUUUCAGUGAUGCUGAUACUGGUGCUGUACACGACUUUUCGAAGUAACACGCAACAAAAAGAUCUCGUGGAGGUWGCUGACUUUGACUUUUCUCCACUGGCUGACAGACACCGGUCGAACCAUUCCAAGCCAGGCUGUGGCCCAGCAUGUUGCAGAUUAUGUUUUCUUCAGCCAUCAAAAGAAGCUGCCUGGGAGAGUCAUGAACUGCUACAUUCACUCUACAAGCCAGUCAAAAUGUACACGCUGUGAAGAGCACAACUGCACUUUGGUGGUACUAACUGUCCAACUUUCUCACUUAGGAAAAGUUAAAAGCCCAGUGCUGCAUGAAUGCUUUGGUUUUGCCAAUGCAGUGACCUUCACUACCUUAAGUCCAGCACUUGAGUGCUUCAUUCUCUGAAAAAAAAAAACCAAGAAAGGGUAAAAGUAGCUUUGUAUUUUUAACUCACAYGGGUGUGUACAUUUACAGCUGUAAAUGCAGCAUUUUAUUCUUACGAAAGUUCAUUUUAUGUGCAGGUUUGCCACGUUCACUACCUCCUGUAAUUUCUCUGCUCCUUCUGCUGUCUGUUUCAAAGAAGGCAAUGCCUAAGACAAACAUACCUCCUUUCCUGUGUACACCAAUAGUACUGGAAAUGGAAGACACCAAAAAUGCUGUUGAAUGUGUGUUUCUUCUCUCAAGGAACUGAUGUAUCCAGGUUGAAAACGGCCAAGAUGCUUGCAAUGAAUCAGACUACCUAAUUAUGUUGUUCUUUUCCCUAUCCUAAAAGAUGCGUUUUUAA